AUGAACGAUAACGACCCCGGCGAUAAUGUGCUGCUGAAGCCGGUUGCAGCAAAGGGACGGAACACCCUUGCCAUCGUCGUGAUAGGCAUGGCUGGCAGCGGAAAGACGUCUUAUGUGCGAGCGCUCAUUGACAACUUGAAGGUGCACGGUAAAAAGGUCUAUUCUAUCAACCUCGACCCCGCGGUCACCAAGAUACCAUAUACGCCAAACAUCGGUAGAGUGAUGUGUGACAUCCGCGAGUCCAUCAAGUACCGCAAUGUAAUGAAGAAGUACCGCUUGGGACCAAAUGGUGCUAUUAUGACAUGUCUCAACCUAUUCGUCACAAGGUUUGACAAGGUAUUGGAACUCCUGGAUCGUCGAUGCCCAAAACUUGACUAUAUAGUAAUCGACACGCCAGGACAAAUCGAAGUGUUCAACUGGUCUGCAAGCGGCACGGUGAUACUAGGUGCGGCCACACUCGCUGGCGUCUUCCUUCCCCACCAUGGUCAACUACGUGAUCGACACGUGCAGGUCACAGUUACCUGUAACCUUCAUGGCAAACAUGGUGUACGCGUGCAGGUAGGCUCAUCUAAUAAACUUAACACCGAUUUACAGCGUCAUUCACGAGUCGCAGAUGUCGACCGACACGAAAAGUGCUUAGAGUGGAUGGACGAUUACAACGCGUUCUAUGAAGCAGUUAUGCAAGAUGAUUCUUACAUGGCGAGCUUCAGUCGCUCAUGCGCACUCAUGCUGAACGAAUUCUACUCAGACAUCAAGAGUGACGGUGUCUCUUCGAUGACCGGUGAAGGAUUUGAGGAACAUUUAAAGAACCUGGAAAAAUGUAGAGAGGAGUACAAGACUUCCUACUUGCCAUGGCUCGAGGAGCGUCGGAUGAGGAACUGUUCCGAACAUCUUAGUCGGCUUAAUUUAAGCGCUCAAUAA